AUGAGAUUGGUUCUUGUGGUUUUGCUGCUGUUGGGCUUGGUGGAUUUUGGUGAAAUGCAGUGUGAGUUUUCUGGGGGAGGGAACAUUUUCGAGCUGAAAAUUUGGAGCAUUUUGAAAUCAAACAUGCCACGUGGAUUUUCUGGUUCCGAAAAUAGCAAAGUUUUUAUGAUUUUCAGAUUUCGGCUACUCCUACCCAGUCUACACUUAUCCAGUCUACACCUAUCCAACUUAUACAUAUUCAUAUCCGACUUAUUAUAACUCUGGCUACGGAUAUGGAUUCUGUAAUAUUUGGUGUCGUCGAGCUCGUCGUCGAAUGCGUUGGCAAAUGAUGUGGGGUGGAGGUGGAUGGUAUGGAAAAUGAGCAACGAAUAUUUGAGCACCCUAAUAUGAGCAAUAUAUAAAUGAUUUGUCUAAUAAAGUUUUCUAGUGCCAAAGACCUACGUGAGAGAGCUUUAAAAAAAAUGUAUUUUUCAGUUCUGCUUUUCGUUUUUCUGAUUUAAUAUGAGCAACCUAUAAUUAAUGUUUGCUUGUAUGCAAAUUCUUAAUAAAUCCCUAAUUUACUACCACCACUACUACUUCUAAAAAUGACGUUUUCCACCUGUUUUCGUAAUUUUCGGAAUAAAAUUCCUCAUAUUUUCCUGAUUUUUCAUUUGUUUUUCAUUUCUAAAAUAAAUCUACAGUAAGAUUGUCUGACACCAAAAAUCCAACAUUUGUGGGUCAUUUUGAAAAUAUACUGUGUUUGGUCUCAAAAUGCUCCAAAUACUCUUGAGCAUAAAUCUACAUUGCAAAUUCCUUGAGAAACCUAAAAUUAAUUUUGAAAUUACACCUGUUUUCGUAAUUUUUGAAUUGAAAAAUAUCCUCAUUUUUCCUUGUUUUGCAGUGAACACAAUGACAAGAAUUCUAAUUUUUCUUCAUUUUUCUGCUUUUUUUAUUUCCUGAUCAAAAAUAACACAACAAUGAAAAAAAACAAUUACCCCAUGAAAAAAAUUUAAUUAUCUCAUAAUUUUUCUUUAUUUUUUUUAUUUCUCAUUUUUUACGUCAUAAUUUCUUGGUGCCGAAAAAAACACAUUUUUUGUAGUAAAAAAGUGUCCACCUUUAUUUUUUACGUCACCCUUUUUCAUUCAAAAAAUUUUUGAAAAGUUGAAAAUGUGUGAAGUUGAGUGGAAGGAAUUUUUAUACGAUUUUUGAACUUUAUUUUUGCAGUUUUUCAAAUUGUGAAAUACUGUAGGGCCCAAUUUGACACGUGGCAUUUACCUCUAAAUUUUGAAAAAAUAGUUUGAAAAGGUUCUAAGGUACUGUAGUUUCUCUCUACGUGAAAUUUUUUAUUACUGUAGUUUUUUUUAGCUCGAAUUAAAGCUUUGAAAAUCCAAACUUUGUAGCUACAAUUCAGAACAUUUCAACCAAAUUUCUUCAGAAAAAUUUUUCUGAUUUUUUUUUCUGCGUGAAUAAAAUUUGAUUACAAAUUUUUUCAGACGUAAUAAUUUUCUGACCAAAUUUUCUUCUCAUCAAACAUUGCAAAAUCUGCAUUUUUUGAAACCACAAAAAUGCCACGUGGCAGAAAACUAAUGUUUCUUUUGGAAAAAAAUUAAGUGACAUGACGUAAUGAAAUAAUCCACGUGGGAAAUUAAUUUCAUUUUCCAAAAUAAAAUCUGAUUGUUCUUUUUCAAAAUGUUUCGAUAUUUUAUAUAACGUGGCACUUUACAGUAAUUUACGAAAAACCAAAAAAUGUUCCACGUGGCGAAUUUAUUUUUAUUUAAAAAAAAUGUUUUUCUGACACAUGCAUUUUUUUGACACCCUAUUUUUUUCCAAGUGAAAUUUCAUAUCGCCAAAAAAGUUACCGCUAAUUUUUCAUUAGAGUACCAUAAAAACAAGUAUUCGUCAUCAAAGUCACAUUAUCAAAGAUCGAACAAAAGUUUUUUUAAUGAAAAAACACAGAAAAACAAAAAAUUUUGUCCACUAUGUUUGAUCUGAUAUGAUCUGGUCUGAUUUUUGUUUUCUUCCUUCCUCCAACUUUUUUGACGAAUUCGAUUUUUGAUAUGAAAAUCUCCAAGUUUUCAGGUUUUCCUACAUAUGCCAAACAUCAAUUCAUCGAUAUAAAACAUACAAACUUUGGGAUAAAAUUCAACAACUUCGAAAAAAUAUUCAAAAAAUGCAUUUUCCCGCCUCAAUUGUUGUCUGUUUAUUAGCAUUCAUCGCUGUUAUAAAUUGUCAAUGUAAGUCACGUCUAAAAAUGUACGCGUGGCUCAGACGGUUAGCGUCGCUGUUUUUACCAAUUAAAAGACCCUGGUUCAAUCCCAGCCUAGAUGUUUUUGAAUUUAUUUGUUUUGCAGGGGGAGGUGGUCCAAUGAUGGGUGGUGGCGGUCCUAUGAUGAUGGGAGGAGGCCAAAUGAUGGGUGGCGGCCCGAUGGGAUAUGGAGGUGGAUUUGGCGGAGGACCGAUGAUGGGAGGAGGAAUGGGAGGAGGUGGGCCAAUGUGGGGAAGACGAAUGAUGAUGGGUGGAAUGAAUCCAUAUAUGAAUAUGAUGUAUGGCAAGAAAUAA